ACAUACUGCCGCCUCCUACUGUGUGUCCUGCCCAAGCAAGCAGCCUUUCUCCUUGGCACCACGCCGCGGGCAGGCUCCAGAGCAGGAUAGACGCAAUAGGGAGAGGGCGCAGCACCCCAGCACGGGGAUGGGUUGAGAAAGAUGGAGGGAGAAAGUGGGCAGCUCGGUGGAUCUUGGCAUCUCGCCGCCGCCGCUCACUUCCGCCGCUCCGCCUGAGAGGCUCCACCUGGUUACUGCAGUACGAAUUAUCCAUAUAUCUUCCUGCCAGUUCAACUAAUCCAAAGACUUGCCACUGGUAAAAGCACUAACAACUUGGACGGGAGCUUGCUGUAGCAUGACUGCACAAGCUAAUUCUGCUGAUCCCACAUUCUGAAAAGCGAGCAAGUUCAGAAAUUUUCAGAUUUCAAGGAUACAAUAUUGUAUUUCUGCACUUGUCUAAGUGCUGAGGAAGUGAGACGUUAUUUACUGGUUGGAGUAGUCUGUGUUGCUAUCUAGCACCAAUGGCAGCUCUGGCGCGUCAUGACUCAAGGCAGUACUCAUGGUUGUGGGUCAGCCAUAUCAGCCCCAAGAACUCCAAAUGGCUCCAGGAAAAUCUCAGUGACAUGGACACAAAGGUUAAAUCAAUGAUCAAACUUAUCAAUGAAGAUGCCGAUUCUUUUGCAAGGAGAGCGGAGAUGUACUACAAGAAACGCCCAGAGCUAAUGAAAUUGGUGGAGGAGUUCUAUCGAGCAUAUCGUGCGCUGGCAGAAAGGUAUGAUCAGGCCACUGGGGCACUUCGUCAGGCUCACAGAACAAUGUCCGAAGCAUUUCCAAAUCAGAUGCCGUCAAUGUCAGAUGAAUCACCCUCUGCUUCUGGCCAAGAAAUGGAGCCACAUACUCCAGAUAUGUCUACUUCCACCCGUGCACCGUUUGAUUCCAAUGAGCAGAAGGACGGAGUUGGGGUGUCACCACAGAAUUUCACAUCCAAGAGGAAUGGUACACACCCUGAGGAAACCAGUGCAUUGUCAAGUCGAAAAGGCCUAAAGUUGUUCAACGAUUUGUCAUCGAGUGGUGAAAAUGCUCCUCGGGCUGGUUUUGAUGGAAAGGUGCGGAAAGGCCUAACCUUUCAAAGCCCAGAAGUUAAACAGAAAGAGGACAUCAGCAAAGACAUGGAAAAUUUGCAACAAGAAGUUUCAAGACUCUUAGCUGAGAGCCCAGAAUCUGAAACAACAGAUGUUGUCAGAAUCUGAGCCGGGCAGACAAGGCUGAAAAUGAGAUCCAAAUCUUAAGGAGACAGUAUUGCAAUUGAAUUCCGAUAAAGACACAUCUCUUCUGCAAUAUAAUAAAUCCUCUGAGCAAAUAUCUACAUUGGAGUCUGAGCUCUCUAAAGCACAGGCUGACCUCAAGAAGUUAACUGAUGAAAUGGCUGCAGAUGUCCAGAAGCUAAUUAAUGCUGAAACACUCAAUAUUGCUAUACAGUCUGAGGUUGAGGGUUUGGAUCAGAAGAUGAAGAUGCAACAACAAGAACUAGAUCGAAAGCUUAAGGAACUGGAAAGUUUCCGCUUCAGCUUCCAAGAGGAGCACGAAAAGCGCAUGCAGGCUGAAAAUGCUCUACUUUCCCAGGGGAAGGAGCUUGCUCAAUCUCAUGAAGAGGUACAGAGGUUGGCUACAGAAAUAAAUAUGGCAAAUGAAAAGUUGAAUGAUCUCAAGCAGACCAAGGAGGACCUUGAGAACACUGUUUGUGAGCUGAAGAAGGAUGUUGAGAGCCUUACUGAACAAAACCACUCCUCUGAGAUGCUUAUACAGAAACUUCAUGAUGAGAUAAACACGCUCAAGGAUUCAAAGAAUGAACUUCAAAGUGAAAUACAAAGCCUUAAGAGCAUCAUUUCACAGCUAAACACUGAGAAGAAUGCAGCUCUUCUUCAAUACCAGCAGUGUGUGGAGCAGGUUUCAGUUCUUGAAUCUCAGCUCUCAAAGCUACAAUUAGAGGUAGAAGAGACUCGGCAGAAAGUACAGCUGCUGACACAAGAUCUUGAACAAGAGAGAGAAGAAGCGAACAGUGUUCGCGCCCAGCUGCAAGAUGAAUGCCAUAGGCGCACACAAACUGAAGCAACUCUUCUCAUGACAGAGGGUCUGCAUUCCCAGUUGCAGGAAAAAAUGAAAACACUGACACAAGAUCUUGAUGGAUCGACGGAGAAGCUGAGUGACUUGGAAAAUAACAAGUUAAAUCUGGAGAGCACACUGAAGGAACUGAAGAACACCAUUCUGGAUUUGAACUCCGAGAAGGAUGCAGCACUUCUUGAACAACAAAAGUCAUUGGAGAAAGCAUCUGAUUUGGAGUUAGAACUCUCAAAGAUGCAGUUAGAAAUGGAGAAGCAUGAACAGAAAAUCCAGUUACUGGAGCUAGAAAUUGCACAGAAGAAUGAAAAUGUCGACAGCUUGGAGUUGAGUUUGAAAGAUGAAUGUGAGAAGAGGCUGCAAACCCAAACAUCACUUGUGUCAAUGGAGAGAAUGUAUUCUCAAUCUCAGGAAGAUGUGAGUAGGUUGCAUCUAGAGAUUGAGAAGCAGAAUGGCAAGUUGAAUGAGUUGGAGAACUUGUCAUCCGAACUUAAGAAUACCAUACUACUUCUAAAUGCCGAGAAGGAUGCCACCCUUCAUGAGAACCAGCAGUCCUCAGCGAGGAUAUCUGGCCUUGAAUCUGAACUCACGGCUUUGAAAGCAGAACUGGAGCAGGUUGAAGGCAAAGUACAGAUACUGGGACAAGAACUCAAACAUAAGAAAGAAGAAGCAGAUAACCUCCAAAUUAGCCUACAAGAUGAGGCUCAGAAACGUGUUGAAGGUGAAUCAUCUCUCCUUAUGAUGACAAAUCUUCACUCUGAAUCACAGAAUGAAGUGAACAGGUUGGCAUUGGAAAUUGAGAAGCUGACUGGUAAUUUAAGUCAGGUGGAGAACAGUAAGAUGGAUCUUGAGAACAUUGUAACCAAGCACACAGAGGAGAUCCAUAGCCUUCGUGAACAGAAUCUUUCCACUGAGCUUAUGAUAAAGGACCUUCAUCGUGAACUGGAAGCAUUGAAGGAAUUAAAUGUGAAACUUCAAACAGAAAUGGGAUUACACAUAGAUGAAAAAGAAGUACUUCGGAGAGAUUUUGCUUGCCAAAGGGAAGAGAAGGAAAAUCUAGAGGGGAUACAUCACACUCUGGUUGAUGAGAUGGAUGCCCUGAAAACCAGUGCAGCAAUAAACCAUAAAUUAAUUGAGGAAUUGCAAAUUAUGAACUCAAAGCUGAAGGAGGUGUGUGCAAAGAAUGAGGUUGAAAAGGCACUUCUUUCUGAAAAGCUCCAAGAGGUGGAGAAGCUAUCUGAAGAAUAUUCACUCUUGGAGAACUCACUUUCAGAUGCAAAUGCUGAAAUGGAUGCAUUGAGGGAGAAGAUAAAAGCUUUUGAGGCUUCAGAAAGCUCUCUGAAGGAUAUAAUUUCCUGUCAUGUUUCUGAAAAGGCUGUUCUUACAUCAGAGCUCGAGAUCCUUGGUAAAAGUUUAUCUGAUGUUUCAGAGAAGAAUUCCAUCUUGGAUACCUCAUUAUCUGAUAUAAAAACUGAGCUAGAAGAUUUGAGAACGAAGCUGAAAAGUUCUGAAGAAUCCUGCCAGGCUCAACUAGCAAAUAACUCAGCUCUCUCUGCUGAAAUGGAUGCAUUGAGGGAGAAUAUAAAAACAUUAGAGGUCUCGGAAAGCUCUCUGAAGGAUGCAAUUUCCUGCCAUGUUUCUGAAAAGGCUAAUCUUGCGUCAGAGCUGGAGAGCCUUGGUAAACAUUUAUCAGAUGUUUUAGAGAAGAAUUCAGUCUUGGAUAUCUCGCUAUCUGAUAUGAAAAUUGAGCUAGAAGAUUUGAGAACAAAGCUGAAAGAUUCUGAAGAAGCAUGCCAGGCUCACCUCACAAAUAAUUCAGCGCUUUUUGCUGAAAAGAACAAUCUGUUAUCUCAGUUGGAGAGCAUUACAGUGAUCAUGAAAGCCCUAGAAGACAAGCAUGCCAAUCUGGAAGACAAACACUCCUCUGUAUCAAGAGAGAAGGAUUUUGCUUAUGAUCAAGUAAGUGAACUGCAGGAUCAGUUGAGAAUUAAAAAUGAGGAAUACGAAGUAUUAGUAAAGUCACAUAAACUGCAAGUAAACAGCUACGAGAAACAGAUUUCUUCUCUGGAAGCGAAAAACCACUAUAUGGAGGAGGUGCUUCAACAGGAGCAGCAGAAAAACAUAAGUGCUUCUAUUCAUACAGUUAUCUUGGAGAACAGUUUGGCUGAUGAGCAAAACAAGAAGGUUGCUCUUUUCACUGAAUGCAAGAAGUAUGCUGAGGCAAAUCAUUCUGCAACAAUGUUAGUUUCAGAGCUGAUGGAGGAAGCCAGAUAUAACAAGGAAGAGAGAGAAACAUUGCUAAUGCAUAAUGAAAAACUGAGGGUAGGGAUUUCACAGCAAAUGAAGGUUCUGAAUAUCUGCAAAGAUUUAGGACCUGCUGAUUUAGCUGAAGAUGAAAUUCUGUUGCAGACUGUUUCAGAUGAAACCAUUAACAUUCUGAAACUUAAGGAUGAAACCGAAGAUGUGAAUAGGCUCAUGUACAUUGAGCUCUCAGUUCUCUCAACUGUUUUGUUGCAGUUAGGGAUGGAGCUCAGAGAUCUGCACUUACGUAAGUGUGCCCUGGAGAAAGAAGUGGAAAGUGGAGUAGCAGAAUCACUUGCUUUGCAAACUAGUAAUCACCAGAUGUUGAAGGAGAAUGAACAGCUCAGGCAAGGAUUACAGGAAAGCAGUGAAAGGGAAAAUGUGCUAAAAACUGAAGUAUCCGUCAUAGAAGAGAAGCUAUCUUGCUUAAGAGAGUCCUACAGGGUUUCACAAGAUGAAACUUCCAACCUGACCAAGAAAAUUGAGUCCUUAUCUAAGGAAUACCAGUCCUUGAGUGAGAAGUACAAUUACUUGGAAGAUGAGAAUGGUACUGUUCUUGAAGAGUGCAUGAUGCUUGAAAACUUGUGUUUGUUCUUUAGGGGACAUAAUAAUGAGAUAGCAUCUGCAUUGGUUUCUCUUACUGAUGAGAUGGCUUUGUUGAGUUUGGCUAAGGGUGAUCUUGAUCUCGAAAUUAAUGAACUGAGCAGAAGGUCGACGGUGCUUGAAUCGGAAAAUAAUAAUUUAAAGGAAUAUUUCGUCUACUUGCUAGAGAUUCUGAGGACUCGAUUAGUCCUUUCGGAGUUCGAUCUGAACACUAAUAAAAGUGUCUGCCAGGAGUUAUUCAUUGAACUUGAGAAUUGCAUGGCACAGUUGACGCAGAAGGAUGAUGAGCUACUGGAAGCUGAAGAGAAGGUUCAGUUCUUGCAAGAAAAGAACCGGGAACUGUGUGGAGUUGUCGGGUCUCUUCAGGUUGCGAUUGAAGGUGCUAAGGUUGUGAAAGGAGAACUGGAGAAGAAAAUCACAAGACUAGCUGAGCAGUUAACUACCAAGGAUGAUGAAAUUUUGCUGCUUCAUCAAGCCAAUGAGGCAUUGAAAUCUGACCUUGGGCAUUAUGAGAGGGAGUUUGUUGCUCUGAUGGGUGAUGCAAUUACCUCUUCAGUGAAUUCUGCGGUCUAUGAAGAAAAAGCACUUGAGCUUUUGAUGAAAGGUAAAGCUACAGAGAUUAGUGCAGUAACCCUAAAGGAGUUGCUAAUGAAUGAGAUCUAUUCACGUGAUGCUCAAAUAGAGGAGCUGCAGAACAAAAUGUCUGGCAUUCAGGAAGAACAUGCAGAACUGAAAGCUGAGUUGGGCACUCAUCUAAAUCUCAUAGCAUCAUUGGCUGAUCAAGUCAGUGUGCUGGAAGAAAACACACUUUCUCUGUCGAAACCUUGUAGUACAGAAGGCAAAGAGGAAACUGCACAGAUGCCUCAUGUGCAAGAGGGUAAUUAUGGGCUGGAAUCUCACUGCUUACCUGAAGGAACACCAGAGUUACAAGGGUUGAUUGCAAGAGUAGAAGCACUUCAAGUGGUUCUAUUAAAUGCCAAAGAUCGUCAAGAUCAGGAGUCAGCUGAGUCUGCAGCUAAAUUGGCGGCAGCAAAUACUGUAAUUCAAGAGCUUAAAGCAAGAGGUAGCUCGCGCAUGGAGGCAAAGGAAAUAUAUUCUGACAAUGAGAAACAAAAAGAUGUUGAGGUCUCCAAAGGGAAGCAGGUCCAGAUAAUGAAGGACAUUGAACUCGACCAGAUAUCUACUUGCCCACCAUAUGGCACUGGAGCUACCCUCUACCCCCUUGGCAAUGGUGCAAAUUCUGAGCUGGAUGAUGAUAUGCUUCAGCUGUGGGAGGCAGCAGAGAGGAACUGCAAGAAUCAAACAGCCAAGUCCUCAUCAUCUGAGCAUGAUAUACAAGCGGUUGAGGAGGUGAAGAGUGAAUACCCUUCCUCUGAACUAGUAAGGGGAAGAGACCUCGAAAUCAAUAAGCUAGAGGUGUCAAAGGGAGCUGUAGAGCCUCAUGAAGUGUGGAGCAAGAGUGUACUCGAGAGGCUCGCUUCUGAUGCUCAGAGGCUGUUGAGCAUCCAAGCAAGCAUUGAGGAGUUGAAGCGCAAAAUGGAGGAACCACCAAAGGGCAAAUCCCCGAUGAAUUCUGAGUACAGCAGUGUGAGCACGCAGCUUCAUGAGACUGAUGGAUAUGUCUUGGAACAGAUCAAUUUCAACAACAAAUUGACUAGGAAGGCUGAGAAUUAUCCUGCAUUGUCAGAUAAUAUGAACACUGAGCGAGAAGGGUACUCCAGCAGGAGGAAAAUCUCUGAGCAGGUACAGAAAGGGUCAGAAAAUGUGGCGAGAUUGGAACUCGAGCUUCAGAAGAUACAGUACGUCUUGCUCAAACUCGAGGAAGAGCAUGAGUACCGAAGGCUCAAGGUGUCUGACAAGCGCACCCGUGUGCUUCUGAGGGAUUAUUUAUAUGGAAGGAAGGACCGUGGUGGCGGGCAGAAGAAAAAGAAGAGGGCCCCGUUCUGCGGCUGCGUGCGUCCGAAACCAAGAACUGAGCCCUAACCUUUUUUGUUCUCACGGCAGAAGAAAUAAAAGGAAAUUGAGAUGCUGGCUCCUCUAAGAGGCUGGCAGAGUGUCACUGGCUCACUGCUUUGGAAGAGCGAGUGAUGUUAGUAGGAUCCCAUUUGUAAUUGAGUUAGAAUCUUAGCAUUCUGAACAAGCUUAUGUAUUAAAUUUUCCGGUUUGCUGUCUAAAAUGAGGCCAUCUUAGCUAGUUCAAUGUGUUAAAUCUUAGCUAUCAAUGUGAUAUAUGAAGCCAUCAAGGCAUUUUAUUUCUCUGAGUA